UUUCCUCUUCCCAGCACCCACUUCCCACCAUCCCCUGUUUCUAUAAAUACGCAGCUCUCUCCCUCCUCCCAUCUUCCCCUACCCCUAUACCCCCUUGUCUUCUCCGACAAAAUUCUAUUGUUUCAAGAAGACACGGAUGGAUUCUUAUCCGCUGCACCUCGCCAUGGCGGCGCUUGUUGGCGCCUCCUUCGUCGCCGUCUCGGCCUACUAUAUGCAUCGUAAAACCCUAACGCAGUUGCUGGAGUUUGCUCGCGCGGUGGAGAUGGAACGCGAGCGCGACCGGGCUGGGACCACUGGCGCUGGUGGGGUUGCGGAGGAGGACUGCGGAGAGAAGGACGGUGAGGGGUACAGGCGGCAGAGGGGUCAGGGCCAGUACCGGCGGAAGGGGAAGGGGUAUUUUGGGCGCAGCGGCGGGUCGCUCUCAAUGCCGGAUGUGAAGGCAGCGGUGGAGGAUGUUGGAGAGCAGGAGUAUGUCGAGGGGGAGGAGGGCCGGGCUGUGAUGAACGGGCCGUUGUCUGCUGCUCCUCUGGAGGAUCAUAGGAACCAGCUAGUUCCGCCGGGCCUACCCCGUCUUCGCACUGUGCUAGAAGGCAAAAAACAAUCAUCUGGAAUAAAUGCAAACAAAAGAGCCAGUCAUGCUAUCAGACCUUCAUCGCCGAAGUCUCCAAGUGCUAGUGCUUUUGAGAGCUUGGAGGCAUCAGAUGAAGAAGAUAAUUUGGACAUGGAUGCUAAGAUUGAUAGUUCCUAUUUGCAUGUCAAUGGAGAUAUUGCAUCAGAGCACAUUAAUUUGUUUCAAGCUACCUCAGACAGCAUUAUUGUUAACGCAGAGGCGAAGCCAUUGCCUUCUGCUAACAUGAUACGGUCACAUAGUGUUUCCGGCGAUUUGCACGGUGUUCAGCCGGAUCCAAUUGCUGCUGAUAUUCUGAGAAAAGAGCCUGAACAAGAGACAUUUAUCAGACUUAAAAUCACGCCAAAUGAGACACCAUCCGUGGACGAAGUUGAGGUUUACAAAAUUGUUCAGGAAUGCCUUGAGAUGAGACAAAGCUAUUUAUUUAGAGAAGAAAUUGCUCCAUGGGAGAAGGAAAUCAUAACUGACCCAAGUACACCAAAACCCAACCCAAAUCCUUUUGCUUAUGCAGCUGAGCAAAAAACUGAUCAUACUUUCCAAAUGGUUGAUGGGGUUGUGCAUGUUUAUCCGAAUGCAAAUUCUAAAGAGAGGAUAUAUUCUGUUGCUGAUGCCACAACCUUUUUUACGGAUUUGCAUCACAUACUACGGGUACUUGCAGCGGGAAAUAUCCGAACUCUUUGUCAUCAUCGGUUAAAUCUUCUUGAACAAAAAUUCAAUCUUCAUUUGAUGCUCAAUGCGGAUAGAGAAUUUCUUGCGCAGAAAACUGCACCUCAUCGUGAUUUCUAUAAUGUUAGGAAGGUUGAUACUCAUGUUCAUCAUUCAGCAUGCAUGAACCAGAAGCAUCUUUUAAGAUUUAUUAAAUCAAAGUUGAGGAAAGAACCUGAUGAGGUUGUAAUUUUUAGAGAUGGAACUUACUUGACUCUAAAAGAGGUUUUUGAGAGCUUAGAUUUGACUGGGUAUGAUCUUAAUGUUGACCUACUAGAUGUUCAUGCUGACAAGAGUACCUUUCAUCGUUUUGACAAGUUCAAUCUCAAGUACAAUCCGUGCGGCCAGAGCAGGCUUAGGGAAAUUUUCUUGAAGCUGGAUAAUCUCAUCCAAGGUCGUUUUCUUGCUGAACUGACAAAGCAAGUAUUUUCUGAUCUGGGUGCAAGCAAAUACCAGAUGGCUGAGUAUAGGGUUUCAAUUUACGGGAGAAAGCAGAGCGAGUGGGAUCAACUUGCAAGUUGGAUAGUAAAUAAUGAAUUAUAUAGUGAGAAUGUUGUGUGGUUAAUACAGAUUCCACGGUUAUAUAAUGUAUACAAAGAAAUGGGGAUUGUAACAUCAUUUCAGAGUUUGCUUGACAAUAUUUUUCUUCCUCUUUUUGAGGUUACUGUUGAUCCAGAUUCACAUCCGCAGUUACAUACUUUCUUAAAACAGGUUGUAGGUUUGGAUUUGGUGGAUGAUGAAAGCAAGCCUGAAAGACGUCCAACAAAACACAUGCCCACACCAGCCCAAUGGACCAAUAUUUUUAAUCCUGCAUUCUCAUACUAUGCCUACUAUUGUUAUGCAAAUUUAUAUACACUAAACAAGCUUCGCGAAUCGAAGGGCAUGAAUACCAUUAAGUUUCGCCCGCAUUCUGGGGAGGCUGGUGAUAUUGACCAUCUCGCCGCAACAUUUCUUAUUGCUCACAACAUUGCCCAUGGAAUUAAUCUGCGUAAAUCACCCGUCCUUCAGUACUUAUAUUAUCUUGCUCAGAUUGGUCUGGCAAUGUCACCUUUGAGCAACAACUCAUUAUUUCUGGAUUACCAUCGAAACCCUUUUCCUUUGUUUUUCCAAAGGGGUCUUAAUGUUUCUCUUUCCACUGACGAUCCUCUUCAAAUUCAUCUCACCAAAGAACCAUUGGUGGAGGAAUACAGCAUUGCAGCUUCAGUGUGGAAGCUAACUUCUUGUGAUUUGUGCGAGAUUGCAAGGAAUUCGGUGUAUCAAUCUGGCUUUUCACAUGCUCUUAAGUCCCACUGGAUUGGCAAAAGUUAUUACAAAAGAGGCCCCGACGGAAAUGACAUUCAGAAGACAAAUGUUCCCCACAUCCGAGUUGAAUUCCGCGAAAUGAUUUGGAGAGAGGAAAUGCGGCAGGUUUAUCUCGGCAAGCCCAAAAUAUCUGAAACGAUUCCGAAGUGAGGUUCACUCCCCUUCCAAGCAUCUUAUAUACUCUCAUCGCCUUAAUUUUAUGGAGGUCAACAGCCAUUGCGGCCUUCACUAGAGCCUAACUGAGCUUCUACCCAUGGUUGGCUUAAGAGUUCUUGUCUUGUUUUUUUCUCCAGUAAGUAUGGAUGCUGCUUAACUGGAGUUAGUUAUCAGCCUCGCAAUUUUGAUUAAAUUAUUACUAUGUUGAGUAAUUAUUGAAGCUGAUCUGCUGUAAGUCUUAUUGUAAUUUAUCUAUUACUCUUUAAGAGUCAGGAUGUAGUACUCUUUAAAAAAAUAAAUAAAUAAAAACUUUUUUU